UCAAGGAUGGACUGGCUUCCCUGUGGAAGACUCGACCACAAUCGUCUCCAAUCGCUUGAGUCCCCAGUUAGUUGGAGAUGGAGCUUGUCCCCAACAGUGUCUUGGUACACUGCUCUUUUGAGGUGCUGCUCCAGUGCCUCCUUAGUUGGUGGGUUUGCUCCAUUCCUCUUUCUUUCUUUGUCAACAACCUCAACACGAGCUCGAUCGAUGUCGAGUUGGCUGCUGUUGCGAUCGUCGAGGAGAAUUGUGAAGCCUCGUUGACGUCUUUGACAGAGCCAUGAGCAUUGAGUAGCAUCCUUCUCUUCACUCUUGUUCUUGUUUUAUCAUCUCAUCCAUAAGAAACAGAUCAGAUUGUCCCUUGCAUGCACGAAGAGGGAGAUACAAGGAUGCUACUCUGCGCACUGUGGACACGUUUUGUGGUCCUACCCAUUGAGCAUCAGCAUCAUUGCGAGGAAGAUCAGGAGAUGCUUGCAGGAUCCAAAAGUGGCAUCUGCCAGUAUCCAGGUUCGAACAGGCAGGAAAUGGAGCGUAGACAAAGCACUGGAGGUGGCUGAGGCACAGGGUGCUAGUGGUGUCUGUAGCAACAGGGUGUGCAGGUAUAGGCCACAUCCCAGCGACCAGGGUCAACAAUGUCCAGGGCAAAGAGCGGCAACAUCUCGUUCAGGAGGAGGUGUUGGCAGGCGUGGAGGAGGUACAAGCCAGCAGGAUGGUAGGGAUGGGACAGCAAGGAUGGGUAAAUAGAUGGGAAAGUUUACUACAAUGAAUGAUCACCUAGUCAAACAUCUGGCAAGCAGACUUCCAUAUCAGGUUCUUAGUCCAAGCUGUCUACGAUAUCCUACCAAGUCCAGCAAACCUUCAGGUCUGGGACAAAAGUGAGACCUUUCUGCCCUCAUUGUUCUGGAUUAGGAUCCUUGGAACAUCUCUUUAGCAGCUACCCAAACCAUGACCAAGUGCUUAAUGCAGUCGAUGAGAGUUUAGCCACGGCCCUCAACACCAGCGAGGGCCACCACCAGCCAAAGACCAUCACACAGCCGGAGAGAAGCCCAACCUACAACCAAGAGCAGAGUCUGGUUUCCCCACCGACUGGCAACUGGAAGUGUACUUGGGCAAGUAGAUGAAGUUCCCAGCCUGGAUAACAUCAACAUGGCUUCGACCAGACGUGAUCAUCGUUUCAGAGUCCACCAAGCAACUGAUGAUGCUGGAACUGCCCUGGGAGGAGUGUAUGGACGAAGCCAAUGAGACCUCAGGUUCCAUCACUGAUGAUGCUUCCCAGCACAUCUGCAGGAUGUAUCUGUCUGACAGAUGUUUGACUUUUUAAGCAAACUUCUUACGGUCAUAUUGAAUAUUGUUCUUCUCUUUACAGUCCAAUCCAAACCGGCAGGACGGACACGUUGACGGGGGACAGGCUCAUGGACUAAUACUGUAUGAUGUUAUUUUGUGUUUCAGUAUUCGUGAAGUGGCUCAGUCUCACCACAGUCUGGAACAGGAACUGGCUCAUGCUGUCAACGCCAGCUCCAAGGCCAUGGACGUGGUCUACUCCAACUCCAAGAGCUCCGGGGCUCUGAGCUGCAGUGUGGUCCUUCAGAUGGUCAUUAACGUCAAAGCUUUACUCAGUGAGACUGAACUGCUGCUGGCUGGAAAGAUGUCCAUGCAGCUGGAUCCUCCUCAGCAGGAACAGCUGGAUGCAGCUCUGACCUCGGUGGCUCAGCAGCUCCGGCGGCUGGCUGAUGUCCCCUGGUUGUGUCCCGUCAUCGACUCCUCAGACCACGAGGGUCCUCUGACAGAUUUCUCAAAACGCAGUCGGAGCGCAAAGUUUCGUCUCGUCCCCAAAUUUAAAAAAGACAAAAACAACAAGAACAAAGAGACCUGCACCUCUCUGUCUCUGUCCCUGUCAGGACCUCGGGGUGACGAAGGUGGGUCACAUGAAGAGGAUCCUUCAGGGCAUCAGAGAGCUGAACAGGAACAGCAGCGCCAGCGAGGCCUGACUGCUGCCAGUGUUCCUGGAGCGUACGGCGGCGGGUCAGAUCCUCGGUGCGUCCUCCCGGCUGCGGCGAGCCAACUCGUUGUUCCUGGAGGAGAUGUUACCUGGCGACCUGGAGAGGGAGUGUCACGAGGAGAUCUGCUCACAGGAAGAGGCUGCCGAGAUCUUCCAGACCAGAGAGAAGACGCUGGAGUUCUGGUACAAAUACACAAAUCUGAACCCUUGUCGGACCAACCCCUGUCUGAACGGAGGGCUGUGCACUCUGGACCGGGGGGACUUCCUGUGUCUCUGUCCUCCUCAGUACCACGGCAGGACCUGCGACUCAGUGGUGUUGGAGUGUCGCUAUAGAAACGGCGGCUGCAUACAGUACUGCAGAGACCUGCUGUACGGCGCCGGAGUUCAGUGUGGCUGCGCCUACGGAUUCAAACUGGAGAUGGACGGACGCAGCUGCUCCCAGACCGGUGAGAGAACUCAGGUUACUACAGUAAC